GGGGCGGGCGAUCCCGUCUUUCCGGUGCCGUCUGCGCGGCCUGACUGGGGGAGGCGGUGCCGGCACCGGGAUCGGGAUCGGGAUCGGGAUCUGGGAUCGGGAUCCGGGUCGGGAUCGGGGCCGGCUCCGGUACCGGCACCAUGUUCCGCCGCAAGCUCUCGGCGCUCGACUACCACAACCCCGCCGGCUUCAACUGCAGGGAUGAGACAGAGUUCAGGAAUUUCAUUGUCUGGCUGGAGGACCAGAAAAUCAGACACUACAAGAUCGAGGACCGGGGGAAUCUGAGGAACAUCCACAGCGAGGACUGGCCCAAAUCCUUUGAGAAGUACAUGAAGGAUGUGAACUGUCCCUUCAAAAUACAGGAACGACAGGAGACGGUGGAUUGGCUUCUUGGCUUGGCUGUGAGGCUGGAAUAUGGAGAUAAUGCUGAUAAGUACAAGGAUUCCACCCCUGACGGUGCUAAAAACGCUGACAACACAGCCAAAAAUGCAGAGCCACUGAUCAACCUGGAUGUGAAUAAUCCUGAUUUCAAGGCUGGAGUGAUGGCUUUGGCUAAUCUUCUUCAGAUCCAGAGACAUGAUGAUUACCUGGUGAUGCUCAAGGCCAUUCGGAUUCUGGUUCAGGAGCGCCUGACACAGGAUGCCAUAGCCAAAGCCAGCCAGUCCAAGGAGGGUCUGCCUGUUGCUCUGGAAAAGCACAUUCUUGGAUUUGACACGGGAGAUGCCGUUAUCAACGAGGCUGCCCAAAUCCUCCGCCUGCUGCACAUCGAGGAGCUGCGGGAGCUGCAGACCAAAAUCAACGAAGCCAUCGUGGCCGUGCAGGCCAUCAUUGCUGACCCCAAGACUGACCACAGACUGGGCAAAGUGGGCAGAUGAAGGGAGGAAAGCUCUCAGCCCCUGGGCACUCUGUGCAAUUAGGAACCAGCUCCCGCUCUGGCAUGCAGUUCGAAAUGGGAUUAAUUCGCCUGUUUGGAAAGAAAACAGGAAAUUAAAUUCCCACUUCUGAUGAAUUACUAGUUUUUUCUUGAAAUAAAUGAAAUUGAGGGAAACAGACAAAUUGUUCUGAGUUGGCAAAUAGGGCUUUUUUUUGUGUGUUUGUGUGUCUCUUUUUCAUUGUGUUUGUCUUGAGGGGAAUGUUACAUAAAAUCUUUUUUUCCUGAGGUCCUGCCCUAGGAACAGCUUGCUCCUGGCUUGCUUGCUGCUUCCCCACACUGAAAUAUUCCCCUACAACUGAAAUAGUGAACAACUGAAUCCAAAGGGAAUCCAAACUUAAACCAACCUUUUUUAUUCAAUUAUUGAAGUAACCUAGAAAAAAGUGAAGCAUUACAACGUAACUGGUAUUUCUGAACAUGUAUUGGUCUACACUGGGUAGGUCUAGGAAGGCACUUGGAAGACCCAACAAGCAGGGACAGAUCAAUUCUAGCAUAUUCUUCUAAUAUAAAUACUAAAAGACAUGCAUGGAGGCAGUGGUGAAAACACAGAAUUAUCCUCUGGAAAAUCUUCAAUGCCUUUGCCACAUCCCAUCCCUGUUCUGCAGGAUUUUGGAGCACACACAGUCUCUGUCCUCAGGGCUGUUUGUCAUUUAGACCCAGCAAUUUACUGCAUCCACAGCUUCCCACAGGCACUUAAUUUUUGGAUAAAAGGAUCUCUCGGUCAGAUUGUCAAACCUAUGAAAAAUGAAUCCAUUCUUCUUCCAAUAAAAUAAAACAUUGGAGUAAAAAAAAA